AUGUUCGCCUUUAAGACCCCCGGAUACAACGGGUACUCGGUGAAAUAUUCACCCUUCUACGAAAACAAGUUGGCCGUAGCAACGGCUGCCAACUAUGGAUUAGUCGGUAACGGAAAGUUGUGGAUUUUGACUAUUCAUGACAACGGUCAGAUUACCGCAGACGCUUCGUUCGAUACACAGGAUGGACUUUUUGAUGUGACGUGGUCAGAGUUGCAUGAGAAUCAUGUGCUCACCAGCUCUGGUGAUGGUAGCGUCUCACUAUUUGAUACUACGCUAUCGAAGUUCCCCAUAGCCAAGUUCCAGGAGCAUUCAAGAGAGGUCUUUUCCGUCUGUUGGAAUCUGGUAGAUAAAACUCUUUUUUGCUCGUCCUCGUGGGACGGCACGGUAAAGGUGUGGAAUCCUUCAAGGGGGCAGUCUCUGAUGACUCUUACAUCGGCCAAAGACCUGUCCACAACUGCUGAAAAAUUAGAGUCUGGUACGCUAUCUGGUAGCGGCCGCGUUCCACUCUCAACAAAACCCACCACGGGAAACCCGAAUAAUGACUGCGUCUACCAGGCCACGUUCUCUCCACACAACGCCUCAAUGAUCCUUUCCGUUAACUCGGCCUCGCAUUGCCAGCUCUGGGAUAUACGACAGCCCAACCCCCUCACAUUAGACUUUAUCUCACACAACGGCCUAGAAACUCUUGCAUGCGAUUACAACAAGUACAGAUCUUCCGUCAUAGCUACAGCCUCGGUCGAUAAGUCGAUCAAGAUCUGGGAUCUUCGAAUGAUCCCCAACAUUAACCACCAAUUCCUCCCCCUUGGUAAUAAAAUCGGCCCUUCUCCCUUAAACAAGCUCGUAGGCCACGAUUUCGCUGUACGCAAAGUCAUCUGGUCUCCGCAUUCUUCGGAUGCUCUUAUGUCGUGCUCCUACGAUAUGACCUGUAAAAUCUGGAAAGACUUCACUGAUGAUAAAGCUAAGUUUCUCAAUACUGCCAACUUACAGCGCGGUCAAGCUCUCGUAAAUAGCUUCGACAAGCAUCGUGAGUUCGUCAUGGGAUGUGACUGGUCGCUCUGGGGUAGUGGCUUUGCCGCUUCGACUGGCUGGGAUGAAAUGGUAUAUGUAUGGAAAGCCAUGUAG